AUGACUAACGUGUCCUAUCACAUCUCUAACCUCCUGGAGAAGAUGACAUCCACUGACAAAGAUUUUAGAUUUAUGGCCACCAAUGACCUGAUGAUGGAACUGCAGAAGGAUUCCAUAAAGCUGGAUGAAGACAGUGAGAAGAAAGUUGUGAAAAUGCUUUUAAAAUUGCUUGAGGACAAAAAUGGGGAGGUGCAGAACUUGGCUGUCAAGUGUUUGGGCCCUUUGGUCAGCAAAGUGAAAGAAUAUCAGGUAGAAACUAUUGUGGACUCUCUGUGUACAAACAUGUUAUCAGACAAGGAACAACUUCGGGAUAUCUCCAGCAUUGGUCUGAAAACAGUCAUCUCAGAGCUGCCUCCAGCAUCUACAGGUUCCACCAUGACAGCCAAUGUGUGCAAAAAAAUCACGGCCCAGCUAACUGGAGCCAUUGGGAAACAAGAGGAUGUAUCUGUGCAGUUAGAGGCUCUUGACAUCCUGUCAGAUAUGUUGAGCAGGUUAGGGGGGAUGCUUUACACUUUUCAUUCCUCUAUCCUGAACUGCCUCCUUCCUCAGCUCACAAGCCCCAGAUUGGCGGUGCGUAAGAGAGCCAUCAUCGCUCUAGGCUAUCUGGUUUUGACGUGCAAUGGGAAUAUCUUCUCAGAACUCAUGGAGCACCUGCUAGCUGAACUGAAGAGGAAUGAGUCUACUUCUACCACAAGAACGUACAUUCAGUGUAUUGCAGGUAUCAGCAGGCAGGCUGGGCACCGCACAGGAGAAUAUCUGGAGAAGAUCAUCCCAUUAGUUGUUCGAUACUGUAACGUGGAGGAUGAUGAGCUGAGGGAAUAUUGCUUUCAGGCCUUCGAGUCUUUUGUGAGAAGGUGUCCAAAGGAAAUUGGCCCUCACAUCCCUAGUGUGAUGGGAUUGUGCCUGAAGUACAUAACUUAUGACCCAAAUUACAACUAUGACAAUGAGGAGGAGGAGGAAGAGGAGGAAAUGAUGGAAACUGAAAAUGGGGAGGAUGAAGAGCAAGAGAGUGACGAUGAGUACAGCGAUGAUGAUGACAUUAGCUGGAAAGUUCGCAGGUCUGCGGCUAAGUGCCUGGAAGCCAUUGUCGGUACCCGCCAUGACCUCCUUCAGGAUUUCUACAAGACUCUAUCCCCGGUUUUGAUUGGCAGAUUCAAGGAAAGAGAGGAGAAUGUCAAAGCCGACAUCUUCUUUGCUUAUAUCUCUUUGCUGAAGCAAACGCAGCCUAUACAGAGCUGGCUACAUGCUUCAGAUGCAGGAGGCAAGGAAGAGAUACCCCUCACCAUGCUUCAGAACCAGGUUCCAAACAUAGUCAAGGCCUUGCACAAGCAGCUCAAAGAGAAAAGCAUCAAAUCGAGGCAAGGGUGCUUCAGUCUCCUUACAGAACUGGCCAAUGUUCUUCCUGGCUGCCUGGCAGAUCACAUCUCUGCGUUAAUGCCUGGUAUUAUUUUCUCCUUGGCUGAUAAAUCCAGCUCCUCCAACAUGAGGAUUGAUACACUGUCUUUCCUUCAUGUUCUUCUCUGCAACCACCAGCCAGAAGUAUUUCAUCCCCAUAUUAAGGCACUGCUACCUCCAGUUGUGACCUGUAUUGGAGACCCCUUUUAUAAGAUCACGUCCGAAGCUUUGCUGGUCACUCAGCAGCUUGUGAAAGUUAUUCGGCCCUUGGACAAAUCUUGUGCAUUUGAUGCCAAGCCCUAUGUGAAAGACCUUUUUUCUGGUACUCUAAAGAGACUGAAAGCUGCUGAUAUUGAUCAGGAGGUGAAAGAACGGGCUAUCUCUUGCAUGGGACAGAUCGUCUGCAAUCUUGGAGACCAUUUAAGUGGUGAUCUCCCGCCAACCUUGAAGAUUUUUCUAGAAAGGCUCAAAAAUGAAAUAACCAGACUAACAACAGUCAAAGCAUUAACCUUAAUUGCUAGUUCUCCACUGAAGAUAGACUUAAGACCUAUUCUAGGGGAAGGAUUCCCCAUUCUAGCUUCCUUCUUGAGAAAGAAUCAACGUGCCUUGAAACUGAGUACUCUGACAGCUCUGGACAUAUUAAUUAAGAACUACAGCGAUAGCCUCAAGCCUGCCAUGGUUGAGUCUGUGCUGACAGAGCUUCCUGCUUUAAUUAGUGAGAAUGAUUUGCAUGUUUCUCAGGUGGCUAUCGUGUUCCUUACUACCUUAGCUAAGGUUUAUCCAUCUUCCUUAUCCAAGAUAAGUGGUUCAGUUCUUUCUGAACUCUUUCAGCUUGUCCACUCCCCUUUGCUACAAGGAGGAGCACUGAAUGCCAUAAUAGACUUCUUUCAAGCUUUGGUUAUAACAAAGACAGCCAACAUGGGUUAUGCAGAGCUGAUGAAACAGCUAACAAGCCCCAUGUAUUCAAGUCCUGGUGGGGCGUCUGUGACUUUACAUAAACAAGCCUAUUACUCUGUAGCAAAGUGUGUGGCAGCCCUUUCAUCAGCAUGUCCAAAAGAAGCCUCCAGGGUAGCGAGCCAGUUUAUUCAAGAUGUGAAGAACCCCAAGUCCAGUGCUGCUGUUAAAAUGCUAGCCUUCCUUUCGCUGGCAGAGAUGGGUCGCACCAUGAACCUAAGUGCUCAGAAGGAGCUUAAAACAGUAAUACUGGAAGCAUUUGCUUCUCCCAGCGAAGAGGUGAAAUCAGCAGCUUCCUAUGCUCUGGGGAACAUCAGUGCUGGAAAUCUUAAGGAAUAUCUUCCCUUUAUGCUGAAGGAAAUUGGAAGCCAGCCCAAGAGACAAUACUUGCUACUCCAUUCUCUAAAAGAAGUCAUCAGCUCCUCCCCAGCAGAUGGCCUCAAACCUUAUGUAGAAGAUAUUUGGGCUCUGCUUUUCAACCAUUGCGAGUGCACAGAGGAGGGGACACGAAAUGUGGUUGCCGAAUGCUUGGGGAAACUGGCCCUAGUGAAUCCAUCCCAGCUGCUGCCCAGGCUGAAAAAGCAGCUGUCAUCAGGUUCCCCGCAUGCACGAAGUACUGUAGUAACUGCAAUCAAAUUCACAAUUUCAGAUCAGCCACAGCCUAUUGACUUACUUCUUAAAGGUUGCAUAGGUGACUUCUUAAAGACUCUUCAGGAUCCUGACUUGAAUGUUCGACGUGUUGCUUUAGCCAUGUUUAAUUCUGCUGCUCACAAUAAGCCUUCUUUAAUCCGAGACAUGCUAAACACUGUCCUACCCCACUUAUACAAUGAAACUAAGAUCAGAAGGGAACUGAUACGGGAGGUAGAAAUGGGACCGUUCAAGCACACAGUGGAUGAUGGCCUUGAUGUGAGGAAAGCUGCCUUUGAGUGCAUGUACUCACUGUUGGAAAGCUGCCUUGACCGACUGGACAUCUAUGAAUACUUGAACCACGUGGAGGAUGGACUUAAGGAUCAUUAUGACAUUAGGAUGUUGACUUUCAUCAUGCUGGCUCGACUCUCCACACUGUGUCCUAAUGCAGUUCUACAAAGGCUAGAGCGAUUGAUUGAACCCCUGCGGGCAACCUGCUCUACUAAGGUAAAAGCUGGUUCAGUGAAACAGGAAUUUGAAAAGCAGGAUGAACUGAAACGGUCAGCAAUGAGGGCGGUAGCUGCUCUACUAACCAUCCCUGAAGUAGAAAAAAGUCCAGUGAUGGCUGAAUUUUCUUCUCAAAUCAGAGCCAAUCCUGAAAUGGCUUCACUCUAUGAAAGCAUUCAGAAGGAUUCAGCUUCAUUACCUACCACAGAAUCAAUGGACAUGAAUUAA